UUAUAGUACAGAAGAGGUUUUUUAUCUUUAUUGACGAUGGUAUAUUUUUAGUUGAUACCAUGAGUGAAUAGUAUGAGGUCUAGUUGGUUGGCCAGGUUCCUCGACAAAUGGCCUGGUAAGAAAAUAUUCGGCAUCUACCGUUUCAUGCCGAUUUUCUUUUUGAUGGGAGCUGCCCUCGAAUUUUCCAUGAUAAAUUGGGACUUCCAGGGAAAAGUGAACUUUUACAGGACUUAUAAGCGGCGCCAAGCCCAGGCAGUGGCAGACAGGAUAUUGUUAAAGGAAGAAGAAAAAGAAGAAAUGAAGGCUUGACAAUGCCGGCCGGUGUCUCUUGGAGCAAGUACCUUUCUGCACUAUGCGCCUCCUUCUUGUCCAUGUUCGCUGGAGCUCAAGUUGUCCACUACUACUACAGGCCACUCGAUGACUUUGAGGAAUAUGUCCAGGCUGAAUUGGAGUGGAGGAAGAACUUGAAUGUGUCGAAAGAUAAAAAUGAUUAGAUUUUGUUAAAAUGAAAGUUUAUGAUGUAGUACUAAUUAAAAUGUUGUCUUUUUGCCAAA